CCUCAUCAGUACAUUAAAUCCCAAACCCCAAGCAAGACACCAUGCCGCGCCCCAAAGUCUUAUUGAUCGGAGCCACAGGGAACGCAGGCGGUUCGAUCCUCGAAGCCCUGCUAGCAGCCGAGCGAUUCGACGUUGAGAUCCUCAUCCGGCCCAGCUCCGCCAGCAAACCCGCCGUGCAAGCCCUGACCCAGAAGCGAGGCAUCCCGCAGCGGAUCGUGGACAUCGAUCUGCCCUCGGACGAGCUCGUCCCAGCCCUGGCAAACGUGGACAUCCUGAUCUGCAGCCUGGGGCCGGGCCCGGUCUCCGUCACGCAGCAGAAGGGGCUCGUCCGCGCCGCGAAGAAAGCAGGCGUGCGGCGAUUUGUGCCGAGCUCAUGGAUCACGAUCGCUCCGCCGCACGGUGCCAUGCUUCUGACUGAGGAGACAGAAGAAAUCUACCACGAGAUCCUCCUGCACAGCCUGGGCUACACGAUCAUCGACGUGGGCUACUGGUACCAGACGUCCUUCCCGCCACUGCCCUCCGGCCGCACCGACUACGCCAUCCCGUUAAAGGAAACAAGGACGAUCCACGGCGAUGGCACGGCGCCCAAUAUCCUGACGGAGAUAGGGGAUAUCGGGCGGUUCGUGGCGCGUAUCAUCGCCGAUGAGCGCACGCUGAAUCGUCGCGUGUAUACGUGCGGUGAGGUGUUGACUGAGAAUGAGAUCUUUGCGGUCGUGGAGGAGAUGGCGGGGGAGAGGGUUGAGCGGGUUUUUGAACCCCCCGAAGAAACGCAAAGAAAAGCUACGCUCGCGCUCGAAGAACUAGCGAAAGACCCGCACGAUAUCAGGAAACUGAUUCCCGUCUGGCUGGAACAGUACCGGUAUAGUAAGUAUGUGCGGCAGGAUAAUCGCCCCGAGUAUGCGGAGUACCUGGGAUAUCUGGAUGCGAGGCAGCUGUAUCCGGACCUCAGGCCGACGUCGUUCCGCGAGUAUUUUGCUGAGGUGCUGGCGGGGCGGGCGAGGAAUCCUUAUGCUUGAUUUCUUUUUUUUUUUUCCUGUUUGUGG